AUGAGCAGUGAACCUCAGCAAUCUAAGGAUACGUCUCAGGAGGAGGAGAGAUUUUGGCUUGACUUCGACAGGCAGUACUUUGCUCCUCCGCACCCUUCCCUCUUAAUGUGUCUGAAAAAUCACAUUUGGCACUCCAAACACAUAUCCUCAAAAAUAGGAAGCUAUCUUUCAUCGAAAAAGAAUGUCAAGAAGGGCGCCAAAAGGAGGCACAACUUGAAUCUCAGGACAGUUAAGUUCCCUCUUAGGCUGCUGGGAGUUGACAAGACUAACGCUAAUGAUGGGAUCUUUAAGUACUUUAGCGCUGCUUCAUAUAGCAACGAUCAGAUACAAGUCCUGCUCGAGAACGACAACGUGUAUAAGCCUUUAGUCAGCGCCAAGCAUGAUACAAACCAGAGACUUCCGACCAUUUAUUCGUCCCCCUUGCCGGACGCGAUUCACUUGACACUAUACAUACCACCAACUAAUCCGAAAGCUAAGUCUGAAACUAAUAAUACCAAUUCCGAGCCAGUUGUUAAAAACCAUAACGAUGACGAGUCUUUUAACUUCGUCGACGCAUUUGGCAGUGUGCAAUUGUUGGAAAACGACCAAGUGCCGCAGAUAAUAUGUGGUCCAAAUCCGACAUGGUUUACGAAGGGAAGAGGACGGUUCAAGAGGGGGCUCGAAUUGGGGCCGAGAUAUAAAAAAUGUGACAAGUUGGUGAAGAACCCUCACGGCCUACUAUCGGACCCAGUGUGGCAGCAUUUUAAUACCAAUUAUAUUAGCAACCCAAACACUAAUUUUUUCACACUUCCCGCCGCGACUGCAUCCUCCAGAAAGUCGGACGACGACUCUGAAUUCGGAGACGGAACGGACCUUUUGAACUACCACAGCAUGUGUGAACUGGGCAGUUGCAGGGUUGACUACAGUCCGCUCCUGUUCACGUUUGUGGCAAGUAAGAAGUCGCUUCUGUGCAAGCGGUGCUUGGGUUUCCCGAGGAUAUCGUGUAACCUGUGUAAGAGCAUAAGCGGGAACAGCACGGCAAUGUUCUCCUCGCAGUAUAUAUCGGACGAGAGGUACCACAUGGUCUACAAUCUGGUAGAUUUAUUUAAACUGCGGUCAACCACAAAUGACACUAUUCCGAGCUACUAUUUAAACCCAUACCGGAGCUCAAGGGAUCAUCAGACAUACGCGAUAACAAAAGGGGAAGAGCCGGAAGGUAAGGAAGAUGAAGACGAGAUGCAAUUGGUACACAACUAUGUGCAAACACUGGAGAGCCUGAACAGCGUGUUCAGCAGCCUGCUGGACAGAAUAGUAAACGAGUAUAAGCCUGACACGUCAAGGUGGCACGAUAUUGAAAGUAAAAUGCUGCAGCACUACAUAGAACUGUACAACAACAAGACGCUCGACAACAGGUACACCUACAGUGUGCAGAGGCAGAGCGUGGAUGUGCUGCAAUUGAGGCUAAAGGUCCUGAAGAGCUCGGAGCUGCCAGGCACGUGGACUGACAGAGCACUGUGCAGCAUCUGCGGCACAGACGACGACUGGGACGACGACCCAAUCCUGUUCUGUGACUGCUGUUACAUACCAAUGCACUUUUGUUGCCUGGGUUAUAAGCCAGGGACGCUGUCAGACGUGAAGCAGAAGCUGAUGAUGAAUAAGUUCCAGAGGAUGAAUUAUUUUAACUAUUUGAUCAACAACCCGGAUAAGCCAGCAAAGAAAUUUAAGCUUGAAAGGAUGGAAAGCCUCACGGACAUGGACGACGACGAGUGGUACUGCCCAGUGUGUAACUACCUGAUGGAACAGCUGAGUUUUUUGGACGAAAAUCUGGUGAUGGCAAUAAUCAGGACGGUGGGAGGCCCGAAGAACUUGGAGCAGCUUAAGCUGUUGAUUCAGCACAACUCAGGAAACGCCAAUGAAAAUGAAGCCAAGGAACAACAGGACGCCGAUUCUAAGCCCAAGAGGCAGAAGCUGGACCCAAACUUCAAGUACAACUUGCCAUAUGUAUUGGGGUUCGACUACGACAAUCCACUGGAGCGAGUUUACAUAUCGGUGCAUCCAACCAAGGCUAUAACGAACACCACUAGAGUGUUCCCAGAAAAUAAUCCCAAUCACAGCACAGACACGGGAAUAAAUUUGGAGCGCAUAAGCGUUGUGAAUUUGUACGACUACAGAAAUGAGUCAAUAUCGUAUAACACAAACUGCGUGAUGGACCCAAGAAAUUUUUGUAAACUAUUGCUGUCUAAGAAGGGGCUAUACUUCGAGCACAGUUUCUGGACGCUGCUCAACACGUGUAACCUUGCUUCAAUUCAGGAGUACUUGAACUACUACUCGAUGGAGGACCUGUACCUGGCUAGGCUGGUACAGCAGGACAAACUGAUACAGUCAGUGAAGCAUUACACGAAAAAGAGGACGACCAGCAUGAAUAGUAAGCUGUCGAGCAGAACGUUAUCAGUGAACAGCGACAAGGAGUACCCCCAGGUCAAGAAGGAGCAGGAAAACCACGCGAAGGAGGCGGAACCGAAGAAGGAGGAGUCAAGGUACGACUACAACUCGACGAUGAACUGUAAGAACCCACUCAAAAAGCUGUACGUCUCAAUCAACCUAAGGUACCUCUCAAAUCUACCGUCCGCAACCGUGUUUUCUAAAGCCGCGCCCAACUUGAACGCAAACGUUAUGGGAAAGGAAUUCAGAAAGGAGGACGAUGACGUGGAUGUGGUCAUAAAGUUGCCAGUAUGCGUGUUCUGCGGAUUUGACGCGUACUUCCCGGGAGGGGGUCCGAUGAAAAGAACGAGCAACAACGGAACUUGGGGUCACAUAAAGUGCGCGCUGGCAAACGAUUGUACAAUAGAGCCUGAAGAGAUCAACUACUCGACCUUCGUGCCGAAGAUCAAGGCCUUAAAGUGUAUAUUCUGCAACAACUACAGCACAUCCUCAAUACAGUGCAGCUACGGAAACUGCUGCAAGGCGUUUCACGUCCCCUGCUCGUCAGCAUCGCCCAGUUGCCUAUUCACGUGGGACACUAACGGAAAGCCGGACGUCCUAUGCCCGGUGCACUCAAAAGGCCUGGCACCAACGUCGCUGCUGAGGAAGUUGCAACUCCGCCUGAUGAACGCAAAGGACGGCAAGGACAGGGAUUUUAGAGACCCGGGCUCAGAAAGGGAGCAAAGGAAGGGCAAAUUCGGCAAAUAUUUCGUAAAAGCCAAGGUCAAAGAAAAGGACAAGGAAAAAAACCAAGAGGAUGCGGAUAAGUCAAAGGAGAAGGAAACAGCAAAGAACGUGGUAAAGGGCACCAGAGACGUGUUGGACACCGUGUCAAUAAACGAGAACCUGUAUUUAAAUCAUUUCCUGAGACCGAACUAUAGCAAUUUGACAAAGCUGCUGGAAUUAAUGUUGAAUGAGAAGAUAGGAACUAUAUUUCAGUCAAACUUAUCGUCAAAUUGUUAUAACAAGGACGCUUUGAUGAGGACGACCAGCACCGUUAGCGUGAACAGCACAGGCCUGACGAGUUUAAGCAGCGUGAGCAGCAACGUGACAAGUAACAGUAAGUCGACAAACCAGGACGACCUGUCGAGCAACGACGACAUGUAUAAGGUAUCGGACAGAGAGGACGAUGAUUACGUGCCAAGUAUUACCCCGAAAUCGACGAACACCGUCAGGGAUGGGAGUCUCACGCCAUCAAACGUGACUCCAAACGAGUACAAGAACAAGGACGACGUGGCAAUGGAGUUGGAUGAAACAGGGGACGAGGUUCUACUCUUAAAGAACGAGUCUAUUCUGAAGGACGCCAGUAACAUACUCCUCGGCAAGGAGCAGCUGUUGAACAAGCACAAGGGGGCAGUGGAGGGGAGAUGCCCACUGAACAACAUCGACGCAAACAACUGCUUCUGGUGCUGCCUGGGCCUGGACCUGAGUUACCACAACAGGCACGUGUUUGACGAUAAGACGCCAUCCUCGAGAUCAGUGCUGAGUAUAUUGUACAAUAACAACCUUCACAACGUAGAUGUGAUUAAAACUAUAAUUAAUUCUAAAUACGACAACACAUACGAAUCGCAGAAAGAAGAAGACGACGGCUUAGCAAAUCAGCCAAGUAAAAAGUCGAAGAAAAAAGAAACUGCCAAGGAGAAGGAGGAUUCGUCGGACAGAGAACUGAAGAUACCAUGGAACAUGUUGAGCAGCAUCAUCAUGGACAACGUGGUGGACGAGAAGAUUAACAUUUAUAUAAACAAUGACCUGAUCAAUAACACUAAAUUGAUAAAGAAGAACGACUCAGUGAUUCAGAAAAUAUCCUCGGAGGCACUAGUGAGGCUGUUCAACACGUUCGAGCCAGAUUCGACCAGGUACGUAGUCAGGACUCUCUUUUCCCUCCUAAAGCACAUCGAAUUCAUAAAUGGGCUGGACGAGUUGUAUGGAUAUAACAGCAUCUACUACUACAGCUCCUCGGGCAUGGACUCUCCAAGAGUGCUGGACAGUAAAAAUGGACUUAAUAUUCCCAACCUUAAUUUGAACGAGAAUUUUGCAGGAGCUAACCUUAAUUUGGGAAAUCUACUCGGAAAUACAAAGAACUUGUCAUUUAGCAGGAAAGAAAAGAAUGAAAACAGUAGUUCAAAAGAAAAAAAUGAAGUGAAAGACGCAAAAGAGAAGAGUAAGGAUAGGAGUAAUGGUGUAGAAAGCGAUCGAUCCUCAAGUAGCAAAGAUACCGACAAGUCAGUCAACAGUAAGUCCAGCGACAAACCGAAUCUAAAAGAAGUCAAGACGAACAAAGCAAAGGAAAACGAGAUGAAUGGAUUAAGAGAAGCCGAUAGAUCGAGUAACAGUAGCCGCAGCAGCAGCAGUGCCAGUAAAGGUAGCAAGGCAAGCUGGAAAGUGAAGGAAAACCACGACACCAACGAUAAGGUUAAAGCAAGUACCGAGGAGCCUAAGAGUGAAGCUUCGCCCGCUGAUGCUAAAGACGGCAAAUCUAAAGCCGACGAAGAUAAGGCUGAGAAUGAGAAAAAAUCCGCAAGGCAAGAAGUAUAUAAGCUGCUGAAGGAAGUUAACAACGUCGAGAUCAUAAAACUGGACAAGGCCCUCCUCCCAAGUUCCAUUUUGCGCAAGUACGUGGAGAACAAGAAAAUAACGAUCUGCAAAGUGUGUCUGGAGUUCAAGUACAUCGAAAACGACAUAGACGUCAACAAGAGGAAGAGGAACAUAUACAACGAGUCCUACAGAAAGUGCAAGUGCUGCAACGUCGAGGUGUGCAACUCGUGUCUGACUGUGGCCAGGCACGACUUCGAGAACUUGACGAUUAACACGUCGCUGAUCGUCGGCGACUACAUAGGGGAGGAGAUCGACGACUUUUACUUCCUGUGCAUAAGGUGUAAGGACUUGACGAUGAGCAACUCGAUACCGCUUCUGAAUUGCGCGCUCUGCUCACGCUACGACGGGCUGAUGCUGAAGGUGAACCCGAAGCAUUUGACUUUUAUCCCCUGCAAGACGAGUUUGUGGAACAACUACUGCUACGUGCACCUGAUUUGCCUGGAGUGGCUGUUUUGGAGCAAGAACAUCAACAAUAACAUGAGGAAGGUGAACAGGUCCCAGUUUGAGCAGAACUGCAACUACUGCGGGCUCCUGACAGGUGCUACUGUGACCUGCUCAAACUCGGCCUGCUACUCAAAGUUCCACGCGUCGUGUGCGGCCUUCUUGGGCUGCAAAAUAGACGUGGGAAAGAAGAGCGAAAACAUCGUCGGCGCCAAGAGAGCGCUGUGCCUGAGGCACACGCUUAUCAGCAUAUGCCGCACCUCUGCCGCCGAGCGCAAGUUCAUGGUCGCACCCUGCUACCUCUACGAGGUGCUGGUCAACACCAACUACUUUGCAACUUUCUUCAAGGCGGUGUACCUGUCCCCCAACUGCAUAAACAACAAGCCGAAGCUGACCAGCAGAUUUAAAAUAAAGAAGAGGUCCAAGAGCCUGGACUACAAGAACAGCCUGUCGAUGAUGAAGAUGGCCUCGUACAUCAACUACGGACUGAUAACGAACAAGAGUCCGCAGGUGUACGAGGUGACUAUAACGGAAAGCGUCGCCAGGAAUAGACUGAUACAGGGCAUGAAUUACGUAUUCUAUCAGAAGGCUUCCAUCAAUGCCGCUAACCUUUUCAACGGCAAAGACCCUGACCCGAGCGACUGCAACAUGAGGGAGAUCAAGAACAUAAUCAACCUGGUCAGGAACGGCAUCUUGAAGCCCAUUCAGGGGAGCAAGAGAGGGCGGAAGCCCAAGUCGCUGGACGGCUCCGACUCGGACAAGAGGCACAAGAUGCCCAUGGAGGACAUACUCAAGUACGGCCACCGCGGCGUCCUGGAAAACGGCGAGUACUACUGCCCCAUCUGCUUCUCCAUAUACUUCGAGAACUCGCCCGGCCUGCCUGGGGACGAUCUGCACUGGAUCGGCUGCGACAAGUGCGAGCGCUGGUUCCAUUUCGUCUGCGCAGGUGUUUGGGUUGACUACAGAGACAAGGACUCUUGGUUUUGCUACCACUGCGACAAUUCGUAG